AUGCACCGGAUUCACUCGUGGGCGAAAGCUCACGCGUCUCCCAGCGGCCUGCCAGCUCAGACUCUCUCCCAACAGGCCGCCGAUCCUGUUAAUACCGAAAAACCUCCUCAAAAUGGGCAAGUGAAAGUGCCAGUGGACGACCCUACCCCGGGGUCCGUCACGGAAACCAACUCGAAGCCUGGUCUUCUGAUCCGCAUGCGAAAUGGCUCCGGCCGUUUCUAUCAUCAUACCGCGGACGCUAUCUGCCACAGCUGGAUUAAUAUCCUGCUGAUCUUUGUACCUGCGGGUGUUGCCUGUAAGGCCGCGGGUCUUAGCCCAGCCAUCAUCUUCGCGAUGAAUGCAGUGGCCAUAAUUCCCCUGGCUGGACUGCUCAGUCAUGCUACGGAGAGUGUCGCCAGUCGUCUUGGUGACACCAUUGGAGCCUUGAUCAACGUAACUUUCGGAAAUGCUGUCGAAUUGAUCCUCUUCAUCAUUGCUUUGGUCAAAAAUGAGAUUCGCAUCGUUCAAGCUUCUCUCCUCGGUUCCAUUCUCGCCAAUCUCUUGUUAAUCAUGGGUAUGGCGUUCCUCGCUGGUGGCCUUCGCUUCCGAGAACAGAUUUACAACAGCACUGUUACUCAAAUGAAUGCGUGUCUGCUCAGUUUGAGUGUGGUCAGCCUCCUCUUGCCCACUGCUUUUCAUGCCUCGUGGUCGGAUAGCACCAAUGCCGAUCACGAAACGCUCAAAGUCAGCCGUGGUACCAGUGUUGUUCUACUGUUGGUAUACAUUCUCUACAUCAUCUUCCAGCUGAGAACACAUUCGUAUCUCUACGCCAGUAUUCCCCAGGCCAUAAUUGAUGAGGAAUCCAAGCCCGGUGUUUUGGCAGACUUCAUGAAUAGCUCUUCUGACCCCUCAUCCAGCUCCAGCUCCGAGUCGGAUGAUACCACGACUUCCUGGACCACUGCCAAACGGAUCAAAAGAGCAAUGAAGUAUCGCAGACACCGAAAGUUAAGUACGAGCUCGAAAGGGACAACAUCACGCAAUUCCUUCCAGAAACGUGGUAUGGCAUCGAAUUCCAACGAAAAUCGGGGUUCCACCACCAAUUCUGUUGGGAGCAAUGAGCAGGCCAUUGAAAUUAGUGAUGAAAAUCGGUACGAUGCCGACGACGACAUUCAGCCCUCUUCGGCAGUCCGUUCUCGCGACUUUGGUUUAGCUCUGAGCCGUAUGAAUAGCAAAUCGAGUACGAAAUCGAAGAAACGGGAUCACAAGAGGCGCAAGGCUCAGAGAGAAGAGAAGAAGACUCAAAUCGUGACACCUGAGGACAGCGGUCCCUUGUCAAAUAAACGUCCGGCCCUCAAAGGAUUCUCAUCUGCCCCUAACUUUGCAGGCUGUGAAGGUGCAGGAGAUGAUCCCCGGAAACGCCGUUCCCCCUUUGGACCUAUUCCGUCUCUGCUUUCCAACACUGUCUUCAGCUCCCAGCCACUAGCGGGGUCUCCACUUGUCGAAGCCACUGCUUCCCGCCCUGAAAUAUCUCGCAGCAACUCGCUCCCCGCGCACAUCAGUCGUCCUCCGCCGGCUGGAAAUGCAGUACAAUUCGCCCGUGGUGCUUCUCGUCUAACCGAGCAGAAUGAUGUUGCGGGUCCGGAGAUGGCUUCUCAAGCCCCCGAACCCGCAAUGUCACGCACCGCUGCUGUGGUCAUGCUCCUACUCUCCACUGCUUUAGUAGCUGUCUGCGCAGAAUUCUUGGUUGACGCAAUUCCCGACAUGAUCGCAAGCUCAAACGUCAGCGAAGCUUUCAUCGGUCUCAUUAUCCUACCUAUCGUCAGCAAUGCAGCCGAGCACGUUACUGCCGUCAGUGUCGCUACUAAGAACAAAAUGGACCUUUCAAUCGGUGUGUCUGUUGGUAGUAGUAUUCAAAUUGCGAUUUUCGUCACACCACUGGUCGUCAUCCUGGGCUGGUGUAUGGACAAGGACAUGUCUCUUUACUUUACGCUGUUUGAAACAAUUUGUCUCUUUGUCACCACCUUUGUUGUUAACUUCCUUGUCUUGGACGGCCGAAGCAACUACCUAGAGGGUGUCCUCUUGAUUGCAGCCUACAUCAUCAUUGCUCUCUCUGCGUUCUUCUACCCGCCCAGCACGGAAUCAAGUGUUAUCGCAGGUUCAGGGGCAUAG